CUCUGUCAAGUUUUCUUUCUAUAAAAACAAACUUUGCUCCAAGCGUCGAGCGGCCGGGCAAUCGUAUACAACCCAUGUGCACUUGUCUGCAUCGGAGCGGCGAUAUCAAACUAAAGGGGCAAGAAUCUGCAAAGUGGAUCUGCAAAGUGGUCGAUGAGGAAGCAAGAGAAUAAGGAUCCUUCGGAAAGGAGUGCGGACUCUCUGAUACCGACUUCUCCUCCCCUUGGCCAUUCUGAGCCACUCCACUAGGGGGUCUGAGAGACUGGAGAGUUGCUACCGACAGAAAGAUUGAAGACACUGGGCCGAUCACUUCAACAAUGACUCUAGGUGCCGACAUGUCUGAUCAUUCACUGCUCUCCGAGGAUACAGAUAUUGAUGUGGUCGGUGAUAUGAACGGCAAAGAAGGGAAAUAUGGUCAUUUUCAUUCUGACAACGAUUCAGAUGAUAACUUAAGCAGAAACGUUUCCGAGAACGUUGAGUCGCCGGACUUGUCCGGCGUGUCUGACCCAAGUACAACCAGGGCAAAUGACAAACCGUGCAAAAGUACCCUGGUCAAACCUCCUUAUUCUUACAUCGCUCUGAUCACUAUGGCCAUUCUCCAGAGUCCAAAGAAGAGACUAACACUGAGUGAAAUCUGCGAGUUUAUCAGUAAUCGUUUCCCCUACUACAGGGAAAAGUUUCCUGCCUGGCAAAACUCCAUCCGACACAAUUUGUCUCUCAACGACUGCUUUGUGAAAAUACCUCGGGAGCCCGGGAAUCCUGGCAAGGGCAACUACUGGACCCUCGACCCCGAUUCUGCAGAUAUGUUUGACAACGGGAGCUUCCUUCGGAGGAGGAAACGGUUCAAAAGGCAGCAGCCGUCCGAGAUCUUGAGAGAUCACGGCAGCUUCAUGCCAAGUUUUGGAUAUGGACCUUAUGGUUGCGGUUAUGGCAUCCAGCUGCAAAAUUUCCACCAUCCUCAUCACCAUGCCUCACCGAGUACGUUCCCAUUCCAGCCUCCACACUGUACGGUGCCAUCUCCAGCGUCAAUGUUCCCAACUUCAGCCAUCCCCUCGCUUUUACACAGCAACGACUUAACAAGGAAAUCCUUCUACCCGCAGCUGAGUCCCACUCUACCCAACUUGCAAGGAUUGAAAGCAGACCCGAGCCAGUCCAGGCCUUCCUUCUCUAUAGACAAUAUCAUAGGGGCUGCUCCGUCAAAUGCCCCGGGGUCCCCCUACUCAGCUCCGCCUGGAAGCCAAGCCCAGGUUCUGGCAAUGUUAACUCCGGCACUCACGCAGUCGCAGAACCCUCUAAACUUAACGCACGAAAAUGUUCUACAGACUGGACAGACCUUUUCAAGUAAACUCACAAAUCUUAACACCUGUCACUAUUAAAUUUCUCGUCCCGUGUAAGGUAGGAAUUAUACCUUUUGAAUAUUUGGAACCACAAAAGUAUGCUUCUGCUCUGGAAGAAAAGACAAGAUAUAUUUAUCGUAUGUAUAUAUGUAAAGAUACCUGAGGAAUAUUGAAUUCUUAAUGUCAUACUUUCUAGUGCUGUCUGUACUGAAUGUUACUU